UACGCACCACCUUAAAUGCGUAAUCAAAUUCUCCGAGAGAUAUUAAACCGUCCGUAGCCACCGCUGUUUCUUCUUCAAGAACCGCGUCUCAGUCAUGGGAUGCAACACGUCAAAGCUCGAUGGCCUCCCAGCCGUCGCUCUGUGCCGUGACCGCUGCAACUUCCUUGAAGACGCGCUAUACCAUAGCUAUGCCCUUGCCGAUGCACACGUGGCCUAUAUGCAGUCUCUCAAGACGCUUGGUUCUACUCUUCACCAGUUCAUCGACCACCAGGACGUUAAUUUUCCAUCCAACGAUGAUCCUGCCAAAUCAUCAAAAUCUUCUCCACCUGACCUGUCGCCGUCGAGUUUAACCUCAGAUUCGCAUAUUCAUUUCGAUUCCGACUCUGAGGAUGAAGAUAGAAUUAAAGAUUUCGACUCGUUUAACCAUAACCAUUCGAACUAUUUUAAUACAUUCAUGGCUAUGAAUUAUAACGAUAAUUCUAGAAGUUACCGGCAUAAUGGUGAAAUGAGUGGUCGUGAUUGGGCGUCCAAAACGCCACCGCCUCCAACUCCGAGUGGCUCCGCUUGGGAUUUCUUGAACUUCUUUGAGCCACUCGAGAAAUACGAAAAUCCGUACGGUGUUACUCGCGAUCCACAACAGGACAAAGAAACUGACGAGAAAAAACAAGAACACGAACACAUUUCAGCAGGAAAUGAUAACGUCGUGCCCACUUUGGUGAAAGAGAAGGGUGAUGACGUGGAGAAAAAGAAGGUCGUUUCAGAGAAAGAGCGGUCGGUGGAGCCUGAAUCAAAGAGUAGUGGUCAAAAUGGUCAAUGGGGUGUCUCCGAGGUUAUGAGAGAUGUACAGGUUCAGUUUGAAAGAGCAUCAGAGUCUGGUAAUGAAGUUUUGAAAAUGUUUGACACCGGUAAAUUUCGUUAUCAUCACAAAUUUUCUGUCUACGGUCAAGUAUCAUCCAAGAUGUUGCACGCGGUGAGUCCAUCGAGAAUGGUGGUAUCUACACAUUUCAAUUAUCAAGGUUUGGAGGAUGAUGUGGUUCUGAAUUCAAAAAAUCUGACAGCAACUCUGAAGAAACUGUGCAUGUGGGAGAGAAAACUCUAUGAUGAAGUUAAGGCUGAGGAGAAAUUGCGCCUACUUUAUGCGAGGAAGUGUAGGCAGAUGAAAAGUAUGGAUGAGAAGGGUGCUGAAACUCUUAAAGUUGACGCGGCUCGAACAAUGCUCAGGAAUUUAUCUACUAGGAUCAAAAUUGCAAUUCAAGUCAUUGACAAGAUGUCUAUUUCUAUAAAUAAGUUGAGGGAUGAAGAAUUGUGGCUGCACAUCAGGGAGUUGGUUCAGAGCAGGUUGCUUGAAAUGUGGAAAGCUAUGCUUGAAUGUCAUAGGUGUCAGUCCCAAACAGUUUUAGAAGCCAAAGGUUUAGAUGUCAUUGCAUCAAAUGCAAAGCUUGACCAUGCUCAUCUUGAAUCUGCAAUAAAACUCAAGCUUGAGCUACAAAAUUGUAACCUAAACUUCUCCAAUUGGAUUGAAGCACAAAAAAGUUAUGUCAAAGCCUUGAAUGGUUGGCUAAUGAAAUGUCUUCGAUAUGAUCCUGAGGUAACUCCUGAUGGUAUAGUGCCCUUCUCUCCUGGUAGGGUUGGAGCACCCCCUGUGUUUGUUAUAGCUUAUCAGUGGUCACAAGCCAUGGAUAAACUAUCAGAGAAAGAAGUGACUGAAGCCAUUUAUGGUUUCUCCGCAAGUGUAAAUCAACUCUUGGAGCGGCAUAAAGCAGACCUGCAGCAAAUGGUAAUUGCCAACAAGGAUGUGGAAAGACAAGUUAAGACCUCGGAGAGGGAGGAGCAAAAGAUCCAAAAGGUCAUACAAGCUCGAGACAAAAGGAUGAUUCUAUUGGCUAGGGAAGGGAGUGGUAGUAUGCAGUCUGGUCUAAAACAGAUUUUCAUGGCCAUUGAGAAAUUUGCUGCCAACUCCAAACAGGCUUACGAUGAGCUUCAUGUACGAAUUGAAGAAAGAAGGUCAGUCAAAUGAUGCCAGCAAGUCCUUUAUCUCAAAACUUCAGAAUCCUUCUACUUUGGCCACUGUUUGCUGCUUUUGUAGUGCAGUUAUCUGUAAACCAAUUUUUAAAGAGAGAUUCCUCUUAGAAAAUAUAUAUGCGUCUAGUUUUCGAUAGGUAGAUUUUUUAUUUUUCAGUUUAUCACUUGUCUCAGUCAGCAAUGGAUUUAGAACCAUUGUUUGGGAGGCACCAUUAACCCGAUUUGUCUAUUUGUAAGGCAUGUGUUUGAAUUGUGAUCCAUCCAGUUAGAUUUCAGCAUCAUUGGUAGAGUCUUGCUUAUCAUCAGUUGCAGGUUAAUGAGUUGCCAAAGGGGUAACUUGGGAGAAGAAACCAAGUAGUUGAAUAUUCACUGCUCUCUCCGUGCUGCCUAAAGCAUCCUAAUUUAAGUGCUUCAGAUAGGUGCAAAAGCAGAAAAAUGCUAAGGUAAGUCUGAUUGAAUUUGUGUUAUACAAUUCCCCAGCUGCUAAAGGGAGGUUGUUUUUUAAAAUUUAGCUGCAUCAUUAACUAUCUAUCCUUGAUGGAUUUGUGCCUUUUGCCGUUGCGUUGCCUGAGUGAACCCAUUUUGAAACCUUGUAGUUGUCAAGCGUAUUCAUCAGAUGAAUUCAAGAUCAUUACAACAGUAAUACCACCCUUUUUGUAGGGGCGUGCUCUUUUUCAAAUAUUGUUUCUAUAAAAUGACAAUGAAUUCAUUUUCAAAUUUUAAGCAUGAAGCAAACAGGGAGUAAUUAGAGAUAGUUAUUCUACCUCUACUGUUUAAUGUGAAUAUGGAAUCGUAUGAGGAGAAGGGUAGAGUGAUUUUUCAUCAUUUUCGUGUACCUUUUGUGUUUGGGUCCCCCUUCCCUGGUGCAGUUAGAGGUGGUCAAGGCUUAGUUCCAACCGGGCCCACGAUUGGGCCCAAUGGGAUUGGUCUCAAUUAGGCUGGGACUGGUCCAGGCCCAUGAAAAUUCUCAAGGCCCGAACCAGUCCUAGGGACUGGUCAUGGGCAUGGGCCUAAUUUUUUUUUAUAUUUUUAGGGCUAAAUCAAAAAUUAUGUAACGGGUUUAUAUAGUUUUUUAGGGCGUGAUUUGUAAAAUUUGUAAUUAAUUAGUAAAUAAAUAUAAAUGAAUGGUAUUGGGUUUGGAGGGAGCGAAAUUGUAGGAUCUUUGGGAGAGAGUGCAAGGAUUCUCACACUAUUAUCAAUACUAUCAAAAGUGUGGUGAGAGACAAAGUCAUGGAACUUAGCAAGGAUUCUCACGCGGCUUGAACCAUCUUCAAAGACACCCAUUUCACUCCCGGAGUUAUUGGUGAACAUUUGAUCGAGUGAGAUGUUGAUCUUUCGAUGAGAGACUUACUAACUUGCUCGUUAUUAUUGUGAAGACUUUGUCACGGUGUAUCCUCACUCUCUUUGUUUUCUCUGCUUUGAGUCUUCUUUGUGUCUCAUUGUGUGUGUUUUUUGGAGCCAACCCACCGGAUUGUCCAGAGGAUGGUGUUUUGUUGUUGAUUUCUUAGUUAGAUUCUUUCUCUUGAGUCUUAUCUCUCAUGUUGGUUUAGAUAGGCUUCCAAGAGA